AUGAGUCAAAGAACAAUAUCUCAUAUCACCAAGGAGGCCUUCAAUAAUUUUUCAGUGUCUAAAAUGUACUUCAGACUUUUGUUUAUUUUACUACCAUUGAUCAUUUUUACCUACGAAUAUGAAAACUGCGGCUCAAAUCCCGACACACUCUUGUCAGUUUGGGUUUCAGGCUGUGAAGAAACUGAAAAAUGUAUAUUACAGAAAGGAACAGAUGCCUCGAUUGAAAUUACUUUUACUAGUGUUGAAUCAAAUACAGUAACUGCAAAAGUGUAUGGGGUUUUCUCAGGUGGUCUUAUUACUACUGAAUUUCCCUUUCCAUACCCUAAUGCUUGUCUAAAUUCUGGACUAACUUGUCCUAUUAGAGCAAGUGAAACAUACACUUAUCAAACUUCUUUGUUCGUGCAUCCAACUUAUCCAAAAAUUUCUGUUGAUGUUAAGUGGCAACUUGUGGAUGACGCCGGUAAUGACAUUGUUUGUGUAAUAAUACCUGCAAAAAUUAACUAAUUGCGUUUUUUCCCAAACAAAUUUGUGUGUUUACUGAACUUUAGGCAGUGAAAUAAAAAAUGAUAAC